AUGUUGAGGAUGAUCACAAAAAGCAUUAUGUGGAGGGCAACAGAGAAACUCUCUAUGUUGCACCUUCAAGAACCAGAAGCUUUGGUUGGAGUUGAAGAACAGAUUCAAUGGGUUAAAGAUUGUCAUAGGAGGAUGAAACCGUAUGUGAGGGCCACUGGUGGCUUCGAAGCAGAAUUAAUAGAUAUUGCCUAUGAUGUGGAGGAUGUUGUCGACCUUAUACUCAGAUCAGCAGUACAGGGGAGGAGAAGAGGAAUCUCGAAGGGGUUAACUUUGUUCAUCAGUGAUUUCAUUUAUCGAUAUCAACUUCACAAGAGGAUCAAGUGGAUUGAUUCUAAGACCCUUUCCCUUCCUGAUGACCCCCCAGGCUCGUGGUGUCACCUUUCUGUGAGAAUUGAAGAAAUAGACUGGUCAAAUCGGAGAUCAGUACAGGAUCAGAACGUGGCCAAAGCAGUUGUUUAUCCUGUCAUAGAAAAAGUCUCAGUUUUGCUAGCUAAGGAGUCACUUCAUCCCCAGCUGAAAAGGAAGGUCAGAGAGAUACAAGACAAAUUUAGGUUCAUGAAUGGUUUUCUGAAGGAAUUAGAAUCAGUGGAAUUAGCUGAUGGAGGAAUGGUUUGGGUGGAGGAACUUUGUGACAUUUCCCGUUCUGCUGUGGAUGUCAUUGGGCUGUUCAUCAACAGAAGAGAGCAGCUUAGGAGCUGGAGGAGCCCUUUUAGGAAAGUUGUUUUGGCAGUUGACGAUUUGAAAUCUCGGCAUAAGUUUUCAAUGGAGAUGGAACAAAUACAUUGCAAAAUCUUGGAUAUCUCCAUCCGGAGGCCUAAAAAAGUCCCUGGGCAUGGUCACAAGACUCACAACAGAGAGUCAGCAUCUACAUUUGGAAUCCUUCCACAACCAGCACAAGAGCCUAAUAUCAUCAGUUUUGAUGAUGAUGAUUCGCAAGCAGUAAUGAGCCGGCCUGAAGAAGUCCCUGGACAUAGUCACAGUAGAGAGCCAGGAUGUACAUGCCAAAUCCUUCAACAGCCAACACAAGAGCCUGAUAUCAUCAGCUUUUAUGAUGAUGUCGAUGCAGUAAUGGCCCGGUUGCUGGCAGAUGACAGUUGUUUCUGCGUGAUUUCAAUUGUGGGUAUGGAAGGCGCUGGUAAGACAACACUAGCCAAACUGAUAUAUGAAAAUGAUGUUGUUGUGGAUCAUUUCCCUUAUCGUGCAUGGGCCUCUGCAACUGAUAUGUAUAAAAUUCUUGAUGACAUCGUUAAACAAUUUAUUGACUACAAGAAAAGCACAAAGACAAGUUGGCGGGAGGAGCAGGAAGAAAUGAAGCAGAAGCUGAAGGCUUUCUUGAUGGACAAGAGGUAUCUCAUAGUUCUAGAUCAUGCCUGGAGUUCCAGUGUCUAUAUCUUGAAUGAACUGUUAAGUGCACUACCAGAAACAUUAAAUGGGAGUAGAAUGAUUGUGACCACUUGUGAAAUGAGCUUACCUUCACACCUUCAAACAAGAAGCAUUCAUCAUGCAUUGCGAUUACGGAGUGAUGAUGAGAGCUGGGCAUUGUUCACCCAUACGUUGAAGAGGAACAUACCCCAAGAACUACAUAAGAUGAAAAGAGAAAUUGCGAAAAGAUGUGGGGGUCUGCCACUUGCAAUUGUGAAAUUGGGAGCGGUGCUGUCACAGAAGGAAGCAAACAUUGAGGAGUGGUCUAUUGCACUUGAGCAGCUCCAUGGAGACCAAAAACUAUGGUCAAAUACGUUAUCCAUGAUUGAUAGGAAGUGCCCCUUGCACCUGAAGAGGUGUCUCUUUUAUUUUGGCCUAUUUCCUCAAAAUAUUGAUGUCCCAGCCAGAAGGUUGAUUGCAUUGUGGGUUGCAGAAGGUUUGAUGCAACCAGAGGGAGAGAAUGAAACUUCAGAAGAUGUUGCAGAGAUGUGCUUGAUAAAAUUGAUAGCCCAAGGCAUGGUUCAAGUGACAAAGAAGAAGCUGAAUGGGGAUGUUAAAACAUGUCGCUUGCCUGAUGCCCUGCAAAGGCACUGGUUAUCAAAAGCUCAGCAUAUCACAUUUCUUCAAUUUCACACUAACACAAGAUCAGAGUUAUCUCUAAGCACUGGUCUAGUCCGUCGCCUUGUUGAUCAUCUUGACAAAGAAGAUUUCAGCUAUGGGCACAUCCAUGGUGAGUACAACAGAACUUUGACCUCUUUGAAACCUCACUAUCGACAUGCCUUAUCUUUUCUGUCUUUUGACACUCAAGAAGGAAGCAAACCAGGAGAAGACAUAGGGAACUUUCUUCAUCGGUGCAUUUCUAGCAGUUGCUUUCUGUUAUUGCGGGUGCUUGAUCUUGAACAUGUAUUCAGGCCUAAGUUGCCUGAGACAAUAGGUAAAUUACAUCGACUGAGGUACCUUGGCUUAAGAUGGACAUUCCUCGAGAUGCUUCCAUCAUCCAUAAGCAAAUUGCAAAAUCUUCAAACACUGGAUUUGAAACAUACUUACAUCAGUAUUCUUCCUAAUUCAAUCUGGAAGAUUCAACAGUUGCGACAUUUAUACUUGAGUGAAAGUUAUCGGAGUAAAUUUAUGCCUCAACCAAGAGUUGGCUCUCUGACGAAUCUCCAAACCUUGUGGGGACUAUUUGUAGAUGAGGAGACUCCAGUAAAGGAUGGUCUGGACAGGUUGGUCAAUCUUAAAAAAUUGGGAUUGACAUGUCGGCUAAUGCCAUCUCAGCAACAGGCAAUGUUAGCACAACUGGAGGCAGUGGCUAACUGGGUUCUAAAAUUGGACCAUCUUCAUACUUUAAGGCUGAAAUCAGAUGAUGGAGAGAAUCAACCUGGGGAUCUAGACUUGAAGCCUUUGUCUGGACUUGAGAAGCUCUCUAGUAUUUAUUUGUUGGGAAGGUUAAAGAACCCCUUAGUUGUGUUUGAGUCCCCAGAGAGUCUUUCUGACCUUACUCUAUCGGGUUCAGGACUAACAGAAGAUCCACUGCAAAAAUUGGAUAAGCUUCCCAAUCUAAAAAUUCUUAGAUUGUUAGCCAAAUCUUACAUGGGAAAGAACAUGCUCUGUCCCUCAGGAGGCUUUCCACAGCUUCGUGUUCUUAAACUAUGGAAGCUAGAGGAAUUGGAGGAAUGGAAUGUUGAAGAAGGGGCACUUCGAGCUCUAAGAGAUUUAGAGAUUCGAUCAUGCCCAAGGUUGAAGAUGCUCCCAAAAGAAUUGCAACACAGAAAUCUUAUGAAUUUGAAGUUAUCAGACAUGACGAAUGAGUUCACUACAUAG